ACCUCUGGGUCCCCAGCACUGUGCUGGGCUGCCAAUAAUUGGUUUUGAAACAGUUUAUUAGAAUCCAGCCUCUGACUGCAGGGGUCGCAUGCCCUGUGCACAGCCUAGCACAGGAUAGGGAUUGGGUUGAUUCUGUGGGACACAGUGACGCAUUGGAGGGUUGCGGUGACAGGUGACGGUGAGGGAUUUCGGGGAAAGGAGGGAAGGACUGAAGAUGCCUUGGAAGGCAUUUUAGGGCCUCCUCACCUGUAAUGGGUCUAAAUUCAGGGAGUAGAUUCUGCUUUCAUUCCGCCCCUCUUCCCCUGCCCCCCAUGAGGGAAAUCUGUGGGGCAGGGUGUGGCUCUCACUUCCUUUCCGAGGCUGAGCGGGGCAGCUGCCUUCACCUUGGCACCCAGGGGUGAUGGGUUGGGCCAGCACUUGGUUGGUGUGUGUGCAGAGUGGGGAGUAGAAGGGAGCCCCAGGCUGAGGGGGUACCUCCUUGCUCUGAGCUGGGAGCUGUGGGAUGAGGUAGCGGGGAGAGGACCUGGGACCAUGAGAGCUGGGCUAGCAGAAGUCAAAGGGUCUGGAGUAUUGGCAAUGCGGAUUGGAGGGUGCCUGAGCCCCUCUGCAAAGCCCUGUCUUUAAAGGUUCUAUGCAGGGACAUUGUUCAGAGAACCGGGACACAGAGGGAGCCACAGAAGUCGUGUGGGGCUUAGAGCUGCAGCUGUGGGCCCACAGCAGUGAGUCAGGGGUCCUGGUUUGGGCAACUUCUUGCAGAGUUAACCUCACAGAGCUGAGAACUUGUACCAGCCAGACUUGGUUGAAGGGCAUGCAUCUACAGGUCCAGGGCUCAAAGUGGGACCCAAUAGAGUAAACCAUGGGGGACUUGUGGAAGGAGAAAGCCAGAAUCAGCCAAGGGCAGGGUAUGGGCCGGGGGUCCCCAGGGUCACCCUAGUCCCAGGAAGGCCGUGGGUGGAGGUGCUUGGGCACUGCUGGGCUGGAUUCUUAGGCUCACUCGGAAUUGGCUGGCUGGCCCUGGCAGAGCACGCCACCCAGAGCCUGAGGAGCUUGUUUGAGGGGUUGGGGCAAAGCUGUGGGAGUGGAGGAGUGUGUGGGACUCUGGGGUGUGGCUGUCACCUUCUUCAGAACCUGGGAACCACUGGGGGACGGACAGAGAGGCAGACUGGGAGAGCUAGUCUGACUCCUGCUGGGAACUCUCCCAUGCCGGCUCUGUCCUCCCCACCACACCUGGAAGCCCCAAGCUUCUCUCCCUGGAGCUGGGCUGAUCAGGCUGUGUGACCGAGAUUCCCAAGAGAGAGACACUCCGAGGAGAGGAGAGGAAGGAGGGGCGGGCUUCUGGCAAGGCAUCCGCUCCUGAACCAAGUCCUGCCAAGAUGGAGAAGGAGGAAGAGACGACCCGGGAGCUGCUGCUGCCCAACUGGCAGGGCAGCGGCUCCCACGGGCUGACCAUCACCCAGAGGGACGAUGGCGUCUUUGUGCAGGAGGUGAUGCAGAACUCCCGGGCGGCCCGCACUGGGGUGGUCAAGGAGGGGGACCAGAUCGUGGGUGCUACCAUCUACUUUGACAACCUGCAGUCCGGAGAGGUGGCCCAGCUGCUGAGCACCAUGGGGCACCACGCCGUGGGCCUGAAGCUGCAUCGCAAGGGGGACCGUUCCCCUGAGCCCGGCCAGACCCGGACCUACGAUGUCUUCAGCUCCCACAGCCCUGACGUGGUUCUGAGCGGGGAUGACGAGGAGUACCAGCGCAUCUACACCACGAAGAUCAAGCCUCGGCUGAAGCCGGAGGAUGGAGUGGAAGGGGAGCCUGGGGAGACCCAGAGCCGCACCAUCACGGUGACUAGGAGGGUCACAGCCUACACUGUGGACGUGACAAGCCGCGAAGGAGCCAAGGACAUCGACAUCAGCAGCCCUGAGUUCAAGAUCAAGAUUCCACGGCACGAACUGACUGAAAUCUCCACCGUGGAUGUGGACACCCAGCCUGGGAAGACAGUGAUCAGACUGCCCUCGGGCUCGGGGGCACUGUCCCCCACCACAGGCUCCACUGUGGACAUCCAAGCAGGGUCCAUUUCCACUUCAGGACCAGAGCUCCAAUGUGCUGGCGACUCGAAGGUCCAGGUCACCGGGCCUGGGAUAAAGGUGGGAAGCCCGGGUGUCAGUGUCAGUGCAAAGGGCUUGGACUUAGGUAGCAAAGGAGGGGUCCAAGUCCCAGGGGUGGACGUUCUGUCUUCUCUUGGGGGUGGGGCAGCAGAGUGGCAGGGCCCAGCUCUUGAGAGUGGCAACGAUGGGAAAAUUAAAUUUCCCUCCAUGAAGCUCCCAAAAUUUGGUGUCUCAACAGGGCUUGAGGGUCAGGCCCCAGAGGGAGGGUUGAGUGUUUCUGCCCCUGAAUUCUCUGUGGGGCACAAGGGUGGCAAGCCAGGCUUGACCAUUGGCGGGAACAUCCAGACCCCUCAGCUAGAAGUCAGUGGUCCCUCUGCCAGUAUUAAGGGGCUUGAGGGGAAGCUGAAGGGCCCCCAGAUCACUGGGCCAUCCCUUGAGGGUGACCUGGGCCUGAAAGGUACCAAGCCACAGGGGAGUUCAAGGGUGGACAUCUCUGUGCCCAAAAUCGAGGGCAGCAUCGCUGGCUCCAGGGUGGAAGUUCAAACUCCUAACAUUGAUAUUCACGGGCCAGGGGGCAAACUGAAUAUGCCCAAGGUGAAGGCCCCCAAAUUCUCUGUAUCAGGUUCUAAGGGAGAGGGAGCUGGCAUUGAUGUGACACUUCCUGGGGUCUCUGGGGAUGUUGGCCUACCUGAGGUUGCUUCUGGGGGACUGGAAGGGAAGGUGAAAGGUCCUAAAAUCAAGACUCCUGAAGUGACUGUUCAGACACCUAAAAUCUCCAUGCAGGAUGUGGAUCUGAGCCUCAGGUCCCCUAAACUGAAAGGAGACAUUAAGGUUUCUGCUCCUGGGGUUCAAGGUGAUGUUAAAGGCCCUCAAGUGGCAGUUAAAGGCGCCAAAGUGGACAUAGAGACACCCAGCCUAGAGGGGACCGUGACUGGCCCCAAGUUUAGUGGUCCUUCUGGGAAAGAAGGAACCUGCAAGAUCUCUAUGGCAGACGUAGACUUAAAUGUUGCCGCACCAAAGGUGAAAGGGGGUGUGGAUGUCACGCUUCCAAAAGUAGAGGGGAAAGUCGGUGUCCCUGAAGUUGAUGUCAGAGGCCCCAAAGUGGAUGUCAGUGCCCCAGAUGUGGACAUUCAUGGUCCGGACUGGAACCUGAAAAUGCCCAAGAUGAAAAUGCCCAAGUUCAGCACUCCAGGAGUUAAAGGGGAAGGGCCAGAUGUAGAUGUGAAUCUCCCCAAAGGUGAUGUCAGUAUUUCAGGGCCCAAGGUCAGUGUGGAAGCCCCAAAGGUCAACAUAGGGGGCCUGGUGGGCAACCUUAAAGGUCCUGAUGUUCAGCUGCCUGAAGUGAGUGUCAAGACACCAAAGAUCACCAUGCCUGAUGUGGAUUUGCAUGUGAAAGGCCCAAAGGUAAAAGGACAGUAUGAUGUAACAGCAACAAAACUUGAAGGAGAGAUGAGAGGCCCCAAAGUGGACAUUGAUGCCCCUAAUGUGGAUGUUCAUGGCCCAGACUGGCACCUGAAGAUGCCCAAGAUGAAAAUGCCCAAAUUCACUGUGCCAGGGUUCAAAGCAGAGGGCCCCGAAGUGAAUGUAAACCUGCCUGAGCCUGAUGUGGACAUUUCUGGGCCCAAGGUAGAUGUCUGUGCUCCAGAUGUGAGUAUUGAGGGACCAGAGGGGAAAUUGAAAGGACCCAAGUUUAAGAUGCCUGAGAUGAAUAUCAAAGCCCCGAAGAUCUCCAUACCAGACGUGGACUUACAUUUGAAAGGCCCUAGUGUAAAAGGAGAAUAUGAUGUCACAGUGCCGAAGGUGGAAGGUGAGAUUAAAGUUCCUGAUGUUGAACUUAAAAGUGCCAAACUGGACAUUGAUGCUCCAGAUGUGGACAUUCAAGGCCCAGACUGGCACCUGAAGAUGCCCAAAAUGAAAAUGCCCAAGUUCAGCAUGCCCGGCCUCAAAGCAGAGGUCCCAGAAGUGGAUGUGAACCUGCCCAAGACUGACAUUGACAUCGCUGGACCCAAGGUGGAUGUUGAACUUCCAGAUGUGACUAUUGAAGGACCUGAAGGAAAGCUGAAGGGUCCCAAGUUUAAGAUGCCUGACGUGAAUAUCAAGGCCCCCAAGAUCUCCAUGCCUGAUGUAGAUUUGCAUAUGAAAGGUCCCAAGGUAAAAGGGGAAUAUGAUGUUACAGUGCCAAAACUGGAAGGGGACCUGAAGGGGCCAAAGGUAGACGUCAGUGCCUCAGAUGUUGGAGUUCACAGUCCUGAUUGGAACCUAAAGAUGCCAAAGAUGAAAAUGCCCAGAUUCACCAGGCCCAGCCUUAAAGGAGAGGGCCCAGAAUUGGAUGUGAACCUGCCCAAGGCUGAUGUUGACAUUUCUGCACACAAGGUAGAUAUUAGUGCUCCAGAUCUGAGCCUUGAAGGACCAGAAGGGAAGUUGAAAGGCCCUAAGUUUAAGAUGCCUGAGAUGCACUUCAGAGCUCCCAAGAUGACCCUGCCAGAUGUUGACAUGGAUUUUAAAGGACCCAAAAUGAAAGGGAAUCUAGAUAUGUCUGCACCAAAAAUAGAAGGUGAGAUGAAAGCUCCACAUGGGGACAUCAAAGGUCCCAAAGUAGAUGUUAAAGCACCAGAUGUGGAAGUUCAGGAUGCAGACUGGAGUCUGAAGAUGCCCAAGAUGAAAAUGCCGAAAUUCAGCAUGCCAGGCUUCAAAGGCGAGGGCCCAGAUGUGGACAUGAAACAGCCCAAGGCUGACAUUGAGGUCUCAGGACCCAAGGUGGACAUUGAAGCCCCAGAUGUGAGCCUGGAGGGGCCAGAAGGAAAGCUUAAGGGUCCCAAGUUUAAGAUGCCUGAGAUGCACUUCAAGGCCCCCAAGAUCUCCAUGCCUGAUGUGGACUUAAACUUGAAAGGCCCCAAAGUCAAAGGGGAUGUGGAUGUGUCGGUGCCCAAGAUAGAAGGUGAAAUGAAAGUGCCCGAUGUGGACAUUAAAGGCCCCAAAGUGGACGUUGAUCUCCCAGAUGUUGAUGUUCAAGGCCCCGACUGGCACCUGAAGAUGCCCAAGAUGAAAAUGCCCAAAUUCAGCAUGCCUGGCUUCAAAGGAGAGGGCCCUGAAGUGGACGUGAAUCCACCCAAGGCUGACAUUGAUGUCUCAGGACCCAAGGUGGACAUUGAAGCCCCAGAUGUGAGCCUUGAGGGGCCAGAAGGAAAGCUUAAGGGUCCCAAGUUUAAGAUGCCUGAGAUGCACUUCAAGGCCCCCAAGAUCUCCAUGCCUGAUGUAGACUUACACUUGAAAGGCCCUAAAGUCAAAGGGGGUGUGGAUGUGUCUGUGCCCAAGACAGAAGGUGAAAUGAACGUGCCAGAUGUGGACAUCAAAGGCCCCAAAGUGGAUGUUGAUGUUCCAGAUGUGGGCGUUCAAGGCCCCGACUGGCACCUGAAGAUGCCCAAGAUGAAAAUGCCCAAGUUCAGCAUGCCUGGCUUCAGAGGAGAGGGCCCUGAAAUGGAUGUGAACCUGCCCACAGCUGACAUAGAUGUCUCAGGACCCAAGGUGGACAUUGAAGCCCCAGAUGUGAACCUUGAGGGGCCAGAAGGAAAGCUUAAGGGUCCCAAGUUUAAGAUGCCUGAGAUGCACUUCAAGGGCCCCAAAGUCUCCAUGCCUGAUGUGGACUUACACUUGAAAGGCCCCAGAGUCAAAGGGGAUGUGGGUGUGUCUGUGCCCAAGAUAGAAGGUGAAAUGAAAGUGUCAGAUGUGGACAUCAAAGGCCCCAAAGUGGAUGUUGAUGUUCCAGAUGUGGAUGUUCAAGGCCCUGACUGGCAUGUGAAGAUGCCCAAGAUGAAAAUGCCCAAGUUCAGCAUGCCUGGCUUCAGAGGAGAGGGCCCAGAAGUGGAUGUGAACCUGCCUAAAGCUGACAUUGAUGUCUCUGCACCCAAAGUUGAGAUUGAAGCCCCAGAUGUGAGCCUUGAAGGUGCAGAAGGGAAGCUCAAGGGUCCUAAGUUUAAGAUGCCUGAGAUGCACUUCAAGCCUCCGAAGAUCUCUAUGCCAGACAUUGAUUUAAACCUCAAAAACCCCAAGGUGAAAGGUGAUGUGGAUGUUUCUCUGCCCAAAGUUGAAGGCGGUCUGAAAGGGCCAGAGGUUGACAUCAAAGGUCCCAAAGUGGACAUUGACGUCCCCGACGUGGAUGUUCAUGGCCCAGACUGGCACCUGAAGAUGCCCAAGAUAAAAAUGCCCAAGAUCAGCAUGCCUGGCUUCAAAGGAGAGGGGCCAGAAGUGGAUGUGAACCUGCCUGGAGCUGACAUUGAUGUCUCUGCACCCAAGGUGGAUGUUGAAGUUCCAAAUGUGAAUAUUGAAGGUCCAGAUGCAAAACUAAAAGGUCCUAAAUUUAAGUUGCCAGAAAUGAAUAUAAAGCCUCAGAAGAUAUCCAUGCCUGAUGUUAGUCUGCAUCUGAAAGGCCAUAAAAUGAAAGGAGAUUAUGAUGUUACGGUUCCAAAAGUAGAAGGAGAGAUUAAAGCUCCUGACAUUGACACCGAAGGUACAAAAGUAGACAUUAAUGCACCAGAUGUGGGAGUUCAUGGUCCAGACUGGCACCUGAAGAUGCCCAAGAUAAAAAUGCCCAAGAUCAGCAUGCCUGGCUUCAGAGGAGAGGGCCCAGAAGUGGAUGUGAACCUACCCAAGGCUGACAUUGACGUCUCAGGACCCAAGGUGGACAUUGAUGUUCCAGAUGUGAAUAUUGAAGGUCCAGAUGCGAAACUGAAAGGCCCCAAGUUCAAGAUGCCGGAGAUGAACAUCAAAGCUCCCAAAAUCUCCGUGCCUGAUGUCGACCUGGAUUUGAAAGGAUCCACAGGCAAAGGAGAUUUCGAUGUGUCUGUCCCUAAGAUUGAAGGGACUUUCAAAGGCCCCAAAGUAGACCUUAAAGGUCCAGGUCUGGAUCUUGAAGGCCCUGAUGCCAAACUCAGUGGCCCACAUUUGAAGAUGCCCUCACUGGAUAUAUCUGCCCCUAAAGUAACUGCGCCUGAUACUGAUUUGCAUCUCAAGGCACCCAAAAUUGGAGUUUCUGGUCCCAAAUUAGAAGGCGGUGAACUGGACCUCAAGGGACCCAAAGUUGAUUUCGAAGCUCCAAGCUUAGAUGUACACGUGGAGAGCCCAGAUAUUAACACUGAGGGGCCAGAUGUGAAAAUUCCCAAAUUUAAGAAGCCCAAGUUUGGGUUUGGGGCCAAAAGCCCCAAAGCUGACUUCAAAUCACCUUCCCUCGAUGUGACAGUUCCUGAGGCAGAGCUGAGUGUUGAGGCUCCUGAAAUUGGUGUUGGUGGCAAGGGCAAGAAGAGUAAGUUUAAAAUGCCUAAAAUUCACAUGAGUGGUCCUAAAAUUAAGGCCAAAAAACAAGGAUUUGAUGUGAAUGCUCCUGGGGGUGAGAUUGAUGCCAGCCUCAAGUCUCCUGAUGCAGAUGUCAACGUUGCAGGGCCGGAUGCCUCACUUAAAGUCGACGCGAAAUCUCCCAAGACCAAAAAACCUAUGUUUGGAAAAAUGUACUUUCCAGAUGUCGAAUUUGACAUUAAGUCACCUAAAUUUAAAGCGGAAGCUUCCCUCCCUGGCCCCAAAAUGGGGGGUGAAAUCCAGGCACCUGACCUGGAUGUUUCCUCACCAGAGAUUAACGUGGAAGGUCCUGACAUCAAGCUGAAAGCUCCCAAGUUCAAGGUGCCAGGUGUGGAUGUCUCAGGGCCAAAAAUAGAGGGCGACUUGAAAGGCCCCAGGGUGCAGGCAAACUUGGAUGCAUCUGACAUCAACAUUGAAGGCCCAGAUGCUAAAGUCAAAGCACCGUCAUUCAGCAUUUCUGCCCCUCAAGUCUCCAUCCCUGAUGUGAAUGUUAACUUGAAAGGACCAAAGAUAAAGGGUGAUGUCCCCAGUGUGGGACUGGAAGGACCAGAUGUAGAUCUGCAAGGUCCAGAAUCGAAAAUUAAGUUCCCCAAGUUUUCGAUGCCCAAGAUCGGCGUCCCUGGUGUGAAGAUGGAGGGUGGGGGCACUGAGGUCCAGCUGCCCUCUCUAGAAGGAGGCUUGAGCGCACCAGAUGUUAAGCUUGAAGGGCCCGAUGUGUCUCUGAAAGGGCCUAAAAUAGACUUGCCUUCAGUGAACCUCUCUGCGCCAAAAGUCUCUGGACCUGACCUUGACCUGAACUCGAAAGGACCAAGUUUGAAGGGAGGCCUGGAUGUAUCUGUUCCCAGCAUGAAGGUGCACGCUCCUGGGCUUGACCUCAGAGGUGUCGGUGGAAAGGUGAAGGUGGAAGGUGAUGGUAUGAAAGUGCCUGGAACUGAUGCCACAGCAAUGCUUGAUGUCGGUGCGCAAGAUGUGACCCUGAAGGGACCAAGCCUGCAGGGAGACCUGGCUGUCUCUGGUGACAUCAAGUGUCCUGAAGUAUCAGUAGGUGCUCCUGACCUAAGCUUGGAGACACCUGAAGGUGGUGUCAAACUUCCUAAGAUGAAGCUGCCCCAGUUUGGCAUCUCCGCUCCAGGGUCCGACUUGGACAUCGGUGUCAAGGGGCCACAAGUCGCUGGAGAACUAAAGGGGCCCGGCAUAGAUUUGAACCUCAGAGGCCCGAACCUGAAAGGGCCUCAGAUCUCUGGCCCUCAAAUCUCAGCACCAGAUGUGGACUUGAACUUGGAAGGACCAAAAGCAAAAGGCAGCCUCGGGGCCAGUGGUGACAUGAAAGGCCCCACAGUUGGAGGAGGUCUUCCGGGCAUCAGUGUUCAAGGCCUAGAAGGAAACCUCCAGACGCCUGGAAUUAAGUCAUCCAGAUGUGAGGUGGAGCUGCCAGGUGUGAAUGUGAAACUCCCAACCGGGCAUAUUUCUGGUCCUGAAAUCAAAGGUGAUCUGAAAGGUUCAGGAAUAGGUUUCCACGGGGCCCUUCCUGACAUUGGCAUGAAAGGGCCUUCCUUUAACGUGGCAUCUCCUGAGUCAGAUUUUGGUGUCAGCUUGAAAGGCCCGAAAAUCAAAGGAGGCAUGGAUGUUUCAGGGGGUGUCAGUGCCCCAGAUAUCAGCCUGGGUGAGGGGCAUGUGAGCGUCAAAGGUUCCGGCGGGGAGUGGAAAGGACCCCAGGUCUCCUCUGCUGUCAACCUGGAUGCACUUAAGUUUGCCGGAGGACUUCAUUUCUCAGGACCAAAGAUAGAAGGAGGUGUCAAAGGAGACCAGAUUGGACUUCAGGGUCCUGGGCUGAGCGUGUCUGGGCCUCAAGGUCACUUGGAAAGCGGAUCUGGAAAAGUAACAUUCCCCAAGAUGAAGAUCCCCAAGUUCACCUUCUCUGGCCGUGAGCUGGUUGGCAGAGAAGUAGGGGUGGAUAUUAACUUCCCUAAAGCGGAGGCCACUGUCCAGUCUGGUGCCGGAGAGGCCGAGUGGGAAGAGUCUGAUGUAAAACUUAAAAAGUCCAAAAUCAAAAUGCCCAAGUUCAACUUUUCCAAACCUAAAGGGAAACCUGGUGUCACCGGCUCACCGGAAGCGUCCAUUCCAGGGUCCAAAGGUGACCUGAAGAGCUCCAAGGCCAGCCUAGGCUCUCUGGAAGGAGAGGCAGAAGUCGAAACGUCUUCGCCCAAAGGCAAAUUCUCCUUAUUCAAAAGCAAGAAGGCACAGCACCGCUCAAAUUCCUUCAGUGAAGAAAGGGAGCAUUCUGCAUCUUCUACCCCUCCGGGAACUUUGGAGUUCGAAGGUGGGGAAGUGUUGCUGGAAGGCGGGAAAGUCAAAGGGAAACAUGGGAAGCUGAAAUUUGGUACCUUUGGUGGAUUGGGGUCAAAGAGCAAAGGUCAUUAUGAGGUGACUGGGAGUGAUGAUGAGGCAGGCAAGUUACAGGGGAGUGGAGUGUCCUUGGCCUCUAAGAAGUCCCAACUGACAUCUUCUAGCAGUGACAGUGGGACUAAGGUUGGCAUCCAGCUUCCCGAGGUGGAGCUGACAGUUUCCACAAAGAAAGAGUAGCAGGCCUCUGUGUGUGUGUACAUAUAUGUAUAAAAAUACAUCAGCCUUGGGUGAGUUUGUAUAUAAACUCCAAAGAGAAACCCGCCGACAGCCUCAGCAGUAACGCAAACACCUGGCCUCUGGCAGGGGCGAGCGCUGAAAAGACCAGCGCCUUUAGGCUCCUCCUGGAGCUUUACAGAUAGGUCAAGAGUUCUAAGUUCUUCGUCCAGCCUGUGUGCAGAGUCAACAGUAUUUGCCUUAAGAUUUCAGGUUUUUGUUUUUGCAUUGAACGCUGAGAGCUCCUGUUUACUAAGCAAGCUUUUGUGUUUAUUAUCCUCAUUUUUACUGAACAUUGUUAGCGUUGGGGUCAUGGAAACCCACUUUUUCAUUGUAAUGACUUUUGGGGCUUCUGUUAGUCAGGGUGGGGGGUGGAGAAGGCAGUAGAGGGGGGCCAGACCUUCAUUUCUCCUGCCGUCCGGAUCUACUCAAACAGGAAACAUCCAAAGAUGGCUGAGAGGAGCCGCCAGGCAGGGCGUGUGGGUGUUUCUAGAACUCUUUAGCGUUGCUUUUUCUUCCCCGGGGGUGGCGGUCCCAGCCCGUUUGGUGCUCGCGAUGAGAGGGAAUUUAGAGUCUGUUUGCAAAUUAGCCAACCCACCGACUCGACACGAGGGCCUUCCAUUCUGUGUGUUGUAAGAGAAAUGUUUUCUUUGUGAUCGCCACGUUCCUGAUAUUAAUUCUGAUUUCUUUUAACAAAUGUUAUCGUGAUUAAGGAAAUUUCCAGCACUUUAAUGGCAAAUUAAUUGAGAAUGUAAGAAAAUUGAUGCUGUCAAGGGCAAAUAAAGCUGUUUAUUAACCCGGA